UUUCUAUGGAUGUAAUUGUCUUUCCCACACCAGUAAAGAAUAAUUAUUCCCGUCUUCCCUCACUAGGUGGCUGCUUCCCCUUGCUGUGCUGGGUUGGUGCGGCGAGUGUUCGGUGGUAGCGAUGUCCCCGAGAAAAGAAGGCAAACAUUUCUGGGUUUGCAGGCCGUUGCGCGACCCGUAUCCUUGAACGUCUCUCUCGUCGUCUCGUUUUGGUUGGGCGACAGUCUGUCGAUCUGAUUCCAGGUAUGUCUCGCCUCUCGCGGUUGUGUUUCGCGUUUUGUUUCUUGACAGAUUUGGUGGAAAAAUGAGUCAUUUUUUUGUCUUUCCAUGUAAAAGCGUCAGCUUCUUUCACCUUUCAAAAUGUGAGCUCAGUGACGAGGAUCUCUUGUUUGCUGUUCAGUGGGAUCGGUCUUUGUUUCUCGAAAAGAUGAUAUUUUUCAGGUGAAAAUUCGUAAAAGCUUGCUCUUCAGUGGGAUCGGUCUUUGUUCCUCUAAAAGCUGAGAUUUUUUGGGUGAAAAUUCGUACGAGUUCGUUCUUCGGUGGAUCGGUCUUUGUUUCUCUAAAAGCUGAGAUUUUUUGGGUGAAAAUUCGUAAAAGUUCUGUAUAUUCAUACCCAUUUCCCUUUCGCGUUCUGUUUUUUGACGGAUUUGGUGCAACAUGAGUCCUUUUUUUGUCUUUCCAUGAGAAAGCGUCAGUUUCUUUCACCUUUUCAAAUGUGAGCUCAGUGACGAGAAUUUCCUGUUUGCUCUUCGGUGGGAUCGUGAAAUUUCUGUACAUUCAUGCACAUUUUCCGGUUGAAGGUUCUUAUGUAGCUUUAAUUUCGGUGAGGAACUGAAGGAAGCUGUUCAUCUUCCACGAUAGGGGUUUUUCUUUUUGUGGUUGAUUUAGUCAUCUAAGAUUCAGCUAAAAGUACAUCAACAAAAGGAAUUGGGGUUUAGGGUUUUGGAAAAUGGAAGCUAGGGAGCUUCCAAGAGUGAGCUCGUUGCAGCCUCCAACUGUGGUGGUGGGUCCUGGCUCUUAUGGAGCUGGAGGGUCGACGAUUGAUCCCGUGGUGGCACCGAAUACAGCUGGAAUGAUGCAGGGCAUGCGCCUUUCCUUCACUCCCAUGGCUUCUUCGGCACCUAAACCAGUGGAUACGACUGGUUCUUUGUACCAAGGAGAUGAUGUCUCGGGAAUGCGGCAAACCAGUGUAUUUAACAUGGGUGAGCUAACGAAGAAGAAGAGAGGAAGACCAAGAAAAUAUGGACCUGAUGGUAGCAUGUCUUUGGCGCUAACACCUCCAUCUUCUGCUUUGGGAUUCUCAAGCAAUCCAAUGUCUGAUCCAGCAGCUAAGCACCGAGGCCGUCCUCCAGGGUCGGGGAAAAAGCAACAACUUGAUGCAUUGGGUGCCCCAGGGAUUGGUUUUACUCCUCAUAUUAUCACUGUCAAAGUUGGAGAGGACAUAGCUUCAAAAAUUAUGGCCUUCUCACAGCAAGGGUCUAGGACCGUCUGUGUGCUGUCAGCAAACGGUGCCAUCUCUGAUGUAACACUGCAGCAGCCGGCAAUCUCUGGUGGAACAGUAACUUAUGAGGGACGCUUCGAUAUCAUCUCUCUUUCAGGUUCCUUCCUGCUCACAGAAGAGGGUAGCACUCGUAGUAGAAGCGGUGGAUUGAGUGUCGCAAUUGCAGGAUCUGAUGGCCGAAUUCUUGGUGGUGGGGUUGCCGGAAUGCUUGUGGCAGCAACACCUGUGCAGGUUGUGGUGGCAAGCUUCAUCACCGAAAAGAAAAAGCCACAGCCUGAGCCAUUGAGGUGGGAACCUUCAUCAGCUCCACCGCAGAUGGCCAGCUUUGGAGCAACUCUAACAGUCAGCCCACCCACUGAAGGCACGUCAAGUGAAUCUUCUGACGACCGCGGUAGCCCAACAAAUCAAAACGGUGGCACCUGCGACAACUCUACUCAGCAUGUUCAAUCUGCGUAUCCAUCUUUCAUCAGUUGGUCACACUCUGUAAACGAGAACAGGCAUAACUCCGACAUGAAAGUAAUGCCUCUCUAACAAGAUUAUGUCGCAAGCAUCGCUUCAUGUCUAGUUGUUUGUAGUAAGACGGUAGUACCAGCAGUCAAAUCACUGUGAUUCAGUAGCCACUAAUUACUGUCAAAGCUUACAACUAGAGGGCUUCACAUAAAUGGCAUUCCAGAAGCAUAUAUCUAGGCGUAUGUUCUGAGGACACUGCUGCCGUUCUGUAGUAUUUUCUUUGUCUUCAUCUAUCAAUUCAAUUUCUGUUGGUAACUAAA